UUCUGCUGGACCAUGGCUAGCAAGCAAGGGAGGCAGUGGAGGUCCAUGUGCAAAGGCCUGGUCCUGGGUACCCUCCUGACCAGCUGCAUGAUCCUGCUUUACUGCCUCUCCACUCCCCAGAUCCACAGUCUGCCUGAAGUUCCAGUGCCUUACUCCUGUGCCCAUCGUCCAUCCCAGCUCCACCCCAAACCAACCACAAACAGCUCACAACAAACCCCGGGUCAGACCUGCACUCCUAAGGUGGAUAUCAUGUUCAUGAAGACCCACAAAACAGCCAGCAGCACCUUCCUCAAUGUCCUUUUUCGCUUUGGGGAGAAGCACCGGCUCAAAUUUGCCUUCCCUGACAGCAGAAAUGACUUCUUCUAUCCAUCUCUUUUCCAGCGCACCCAGGUUAAAGACUACAGACCUGGAAUGUGCUUCAAUAUUAUCUGUAAUCACAUGCGCCUUAAUGCACCCGAGGUGGCCAAGUUGCUACCUAUGGACACUUCCUACAUCACUAUUCUGCGAGACCCUGCAGAGCUUUUUGAGUCAUCCUUCCACUAUUUUGGCCAGCUGGUGCCUUUUACCUGGAAGAUACCAGGUGAUGAUAAGCUGACUGAGUUUCUACGUGAUCCCAAUUACUACUUUGAUCCACAGGGCUUCAACUCUUUCUACCUCAAGAAUCUGCUGUUCUUCGACUUUGGACAGGACAACACUCUGGAGCUGGAUGAUCCGCAGGUAGAAGAGGUAAUCAGAUUCAUUACUGAGCGUUUUCAGCUGGUCAUGUUGGUGGAAUACUUUGAGGAAUCACUCAUCCUUCUCAAGGAUGCCCUCUGCUGGGAGUUGGACGACAUGCUCUUCUUCAAGCUUAACGCCCGCAAGGGAUCCACUGUGUCUAAACUCACCCCUGAGCUGAGGGCCCGGGCUCUUGAGUGGAAUGCUAUUGACUGGAAGCUACACCAGCAUUUCAACCACACCUUUUGGAAAAGAGUAGAUGCAUAUGGACGGCGACGCAUGGCUGAGGAUGUGGCAGAGCUCAGGAGAAGGAACACGGAGAUGGCAUCCAUCUGCAUUGAGGGUGGUAGUGCUGUAGAAGCUGGCAGCAUCCAAGAGACUGCCAUGCAGCCCUGGCAGCCCAUCGGACAGAAAUCCAUCAUGGGCUAUAACCUGAAGAAGAACGUGGACAAGGCACAUCGAAAGUUGUGCCGAAAGAUGUUGACGCCAGAGCUUCAGUACUUAACAGAGCUUGGGGUUAACCUGUGGAUCACCAAGUUGUGGGGCCAUGUCCGAGAUAUCCUUAACUGGUGACUAGACGUGAGCAAGGGGGCCAACUCAACUCUGACAGAAUGUAUUGAAACAAGAUGAAUCUGACUGUGUGGCUGAUAGAGUGAAAUGUUAAAGUUUUCUGUCACAUUUCAAUCCUAUGACCUGUCUUGUUUUGUUUAAAUGUGUCAACAUUGACUUGUUUGCUUUUCAUAUGAUUGUGUGCUGUAAUGUAUCUGAUGGAUGUUUGAGAAAAACACUUCACAAUCUACAAAUACUGAACCAGUAUCCUAAACACAGAUGAGGCCUAGUAUUGUUCUCUAUGUUUGUGAAUCAAUUAUCCAAAAUGUAAAUGUUCUUAUGCUCAGAUGUGAGCUUGUUUUAAUGGAGCAGAUGAGGGAACAAUGAAGUCUGGGACUACUUUGAUAAGCUUUUUAAUGGAAUAAAGACAAAAAUGUUGUUAUCCCCGUCAACUUUAAAGGUUGUGUGAAGACACAGAAAGAAUGGUACUUUGCUUUGAGCUUAAUAUUGUCUUUGAUGUCCAUCCCCCAAAGUUGAAACAUCUAAGUUCUAAGAGACUGAAAGACCACUAAGGGCUGAAGUACAGAUGUGAGAAUAGUGAAUGUAAGUACUACAUCCUACUUUACGGUCUGUGGAGGACAAAAACAUCCAUCGUUUUUAAAAUAAGUGAUCAAAUACAGACGUUUCUAAUGGCAGACAUUUUCACAUUCACAAGGAAAGCACAGGGGCAACUAAUAACAAAUGAUCAUUCUGUUCCUACUGCUAGCCAUUGUUUUUGUUAUUAAUUACACCUGUGCAGUAACAUGUCAAAAUGUCUGUCAUGAAAUAGGUCUGAUCAAUAAUAUUUAAAGGAAUCAAUACAUUAGAAGUACAGCACUAUGCAUUCAAAAAGAAAAAUAAUUUCCUUAUUCAUUUACUUUUCUUAUCCAUUUUUAUAGCAUAUAAUGUGUUGUAUGUUGAACUUUCUGCCAUAUGAUAUAACAUUUUCCCUUCUUUGCAAUUUUAAGCCAAUUCUCCUUUCUCCUGAUAUCACACUGUUAAUCCUAGGAACAUUCACCCUUGCCAGGUGUUUUGGCAGGUACAUUGAUGAUGUGGUUGAAUAGUGAGCCAAAGAAAAUUCAUUGCCAGCCAAGUAUGGUAAAUCCUAUCAAGAAAGCUACUACGGCAAUAAUUAACCGUUAACACCACCUACAUGUGUUUACACCACAGUUAUUAUAUUAAACGAAAACUGAAAUGAA